AUGGAAACAUGGCAAGGGCAGUCAAAUCCUAAAAGCAACAGUGAAAAAUACAAUCCCGAAGAAGGUGGUGGUUCUGGCGUCCUCAUUGAACCUUCCAGAGGAUCAUUACAAAGUGGCCGGUUCCAUGGCCAAUUGAUGCAACCUGGCGCAUUUGGAACUUCCCUUAAUGUGAAUAAAGCUGGGGGCCAACAGGUUCUAAACAAGUAUUUGAUUAUUCAAGAAAUGCUGCAGAGUUGA